GCACAGGCAGCAGAGAGAAGUGUAUUGGGAGAGCGGGAAGGAGAGAAGUCAGCAGUUGGAGACAGGUUAAAAUAUAAGGGAGGAGAGGAAGAGACAAAACAGAGGGAUAUAGGGGUAUUAGACAUUUUGGUAGAGAUGGAGGUUCAAACCGAAUGCAGUGAACCACCUCCAUGUGACCCCCAGCCAACGGGAAAGCUCAACAAAGCUGCAUUCAAGCUGUUCGGUAGGCGCAAGUCCGGCAGCAGCAUGCCGAGCAUCUUCUCAGUCAGGAACAAAGGUGAAGCCACCAGUAAAGCCACCAGCAAGCCGCAGGAGCUCGUUAGGAGCAAAACCCAUGAUGGCUUAAUAACGGACACUCCCUCUGAGCUUGACGGCCACAGAAAAGAAGAGUCUGCCAGUGCUGACCAACUCCAGGCUGGCACGCCAGAUGGUGUGUCCUCCGCCCCCCUUCGCAGCUCCAUCACCAAGUCUUUCAGCUUCUUCUCUUUGCUGCGCAGAAGCAGCAGCCGUGCAGGAGAUGGAGUCUCUACGGUUGGACGGCGGGGACGUGGACUCAAGGGGCUGUUCAACAGCAUGCGUUGGCGACGAAAGACCCAGGCUCAUGAGGACUCAGGUGAGGUGCAAGAGGUGGCCAAGGAGGUGAAGGAAGGAGAUCCAAUACUUUCACCUGACAGCAUGAAAACAGAGAAGGAAUACAUUACUUUAACUCUUGAGCCCCUACCGCAAAUUUUUGAGGACAGUCCUCUCCCAGGGGAUGCAGGGAAAUUGAAGGGAAUGUCUAUGCAGGAAUUACAAGGUACUAAUGAAGUGGAGUGUGGCAGGUGUGUUGUACCUCUUUCAACACAACAUAUAGUCACUGAGGAGUUACCAGCUCCUCCACUCCGAGUCCAGACAGGUGGGCUCCAACAUGAUAAGCACAGCGAUUCAGCACACCUGUCUUCCAUUCCAACCUGUGCAUUGACCCCUCCAAUGGAGCACAGCACAGCUGACCCACCAUCUGAACAAUCUGUGGAUCGCCUAUGCUCCUUGUUCACUGAUGUUACUUCUCUAAAAAGCUUUGAUUCCCUAACAGGCUGUGGUGAUAUCAUCGCUGACCCAGAAGAGGAUUCUGGGAAUGGGGGAAGUGCCACAAGUAGUGGAAUGGGUUGCAGUAGUGGGGGCUGUAUGGGUCGCAGGCUAAGUGGAGCCGGGACAAACUCUGAGAGAUGUUCCCCUGCUAAGCCUCCACUUCCUCCUCAGGUUAGUAGUCUUGCAUCCAUCCAAGCUCCUUGCUACAUGCCAGCCCACCAAAGAGCACGUCCAGCUCCUAAAAAGCCACAGGGUAGUGGGGUUGUUGCCUACAUGGGUGGAGGGGAGGAGAUGGCUAGUCCUGAGAGUGUAGAUGAUGCAGACAUGCAGGGACUGUGGCACAUGUUGCCCCAGAAGGGUGAAGACUCCCCAGCUCCACUUUGUGCAGAGCCUGUACUUCAUCAUGUGCAGACCAGGCUUGAGAAGAAGCCACCACCACUGAAGGGACUUCAGGGUCUCAGUAAGAUCCCUGUUAGUGGAAGUAGCAAAAUGGGGAAGCAGGAACCCACACGUUCUUCCCUGCCACCUGUUGAUAAAGAACUUCAGGACGCCCCACCUAGUGAUGAAGGUUACUGGGAUUCCCCCACACCUGGCCCAGAUGAUGAGGACAGUGGCUUCCAUCGUCAGGAUGGCCUACUGAGGGACAGCUGCUCUGGCGAUGCGCUGUAUGACCUCUAUGAUCCUGACAGCCCUAGUACUGCUGGAUCAGAUGAUGAUGUAAGCUCACCAACAAAAUCUGCAGGUGAUCUAAAAAUGAGCUUGCCUUCCAAGAAAUGCUCAUCUUUCUCCACUUCCUCCUUCCGUUCCAUGAAAGGCAGCACCAGCCUACCUCGAGAUUCCAAGAUACCUAUUAGUGUGAGACAAACACCACCAUCCCACUCUUCCAGUCAGGGAGCACUGUCCUCCAAUCUUAGCCCCACUUCAAAAAGCCCCUCUAAAAAGACUGAUGCCCCACUACGCACUAGGAUCCCUGUCUCUAAGCUUCCUGUCCGUCGUUCUGGCAACAAGAGUUCCCCCACCACACAAAGCAGGAAGUAGAGAACUCAGAGGCCCAUCAGAUGUUUUUGACACUAGAGAAAAAUAAAUCACCAAGAGCUUUAGGCCAAAACAAAUGUUUUUAAUGUAAUAUCAAGCAAUCAUCCACUAUAUUGAUUUCACCCGUCUGCUGAGGACUACAUCUUUGCUGAGUUGUCUUAUCAUCAAAACUACAUAUUUUGUGAAGUAUUGCAUAUUACACACAGUUUUAUUAAGACAUUUGUAGAAUGCCCUACAAUAUGUAACACAUGACUUUCAUAAUAAUGUAAUGUUGAGUUCUUUACAUAGUUUACCAGCCUUUGGAAGCGGGAUAUUAUGGUGAGAAUGCUGAUCUUUUGAAGAAUGUUUAAUCAACAAAAGCUUAUCAUUUGAGUAUGUCCUUCCAAUCAAAUCAGCAACUGUGGGAAUUUCUGGGUUAUUCAUCACAUAAGCCCUUAGCACUGUGUAAAACGCUGCUGCAAUCUUCAUAUCUCCAGGAUUGUUCAAAAUAUGACCAAUUAUGAUUACUUUUUUAGAUGAAGCCAGGCCAAGCACUUCUAACACUCCAAGCUAAGCUACAUGGGGUCUUGUACACUCAAGGUGGAUCAGGGAACACAGCCUUUUGAUUGAGACACUCUUUUGUCUCACACAAUGUGACUUCCUGUUGAUAUAAAAUUCUUUCUUUUUACUGAAUCUUCACAUUUCUUACUUUUUUAUAUAGGACAAGGACCUCCCUAUGACCUCACUGUGGAUAUUUGUGGACUGCUUGUUUUGUCUUUUUUGAAACACAACUUGCAAAAAUAUACUUUGGAUCAUAAGUAUUACCCUUCUCUCAGUGAUUUUUACUACUCUAACUAACCUGGACAUACUGAGCUGGAUAUUUCUGAAUGUAGCAUGUCAUAACUCUAUACAAAGGUCUGUUUUAUUUUCCUGCUCAAUGAGAGAGAGAGAGAGAUACAGAGAAGCCCAUAUGCAUCACGAAAUAACUGUCUUCCGCCAAGUGUUCUCCAGGAGAUGUCGUUUCCCAGCAGCUAUUAGAUUUGGACUAAGCUUCCACAUGCACUGCAAAAAUUACUUUUCUUGCCAGUUUUUCCAGCAAAUUUGCAUUAGAUACUGUGACUUGUUUUCAGAGAAUGUAUUUUGAAUUAAGUUUUUUGUUCUUACCUCAUUGGCAAAUAUUUUUUUUUUCUUGUUUUAAGAAUAAAUGUAACAAAAUAUAGUGAUUUUUUUUUUUUCUGAAACAAGAAAAAAAAAAAAAAAUUGCCAUUGGAGUAAGACAAAUAAACUUAAUAUAUAUUCUCUAAAUACAUCUCAAGUAAAUGUAUCUUGUUUGAAGGAUAUUUAGGCCUAGAUAUUUUUUUUUUUUUUUACUGAAAAAUAGGACAAAAGAUCAAGACAAUAAGUUUUUGCAGUGUAGAGAGAUUUUGUCAUUAGAGCAUUUGGGGUUUAUCCACAAUUGUCAAUAACAUAUUUUCUAAUCUUUUGUUUUCAACACUGAGACAUUUUAUUUGUAAGUUCUAAGACAUUUUGUCUUCAGAAGGUACAUGAAAUGCCUUAUCUCUCUUAUAUGAAAUGAAGUGCUCCUUUUCUUAUUUAAUUAAUAAAACCACGCUCUGUGUACAUCCAGGAAGUGUACAUCU